AUGAGGGUAAAUCGGCUAGGGCUUUUCAUCUGCUUCACCUCUCCAGAUUCCGAGUGGGAAGAAUCAUCCUUAGCAAUGUCUCCAGCUAAAGUUGAUACUACGAAGAAGGCCGACCCAAAGGCCAAGGCCUUGAAGGCUGCGAAAGCAGUGAAGUCUGGCCAGAGCUUCAAGAAGAAGGACAAGAAGAUCAGGACCAAGGUUACCUUCCACAGGCCAAAGACAUUGACCAAGGCCAGAGACCCCAAGUACCCAAGAAUCAGUGCAGUGCCAAGGAACAAGUUGGACCAUUACGGUAUCCUCAAGUACCCACUCACCACUGAAUCCGCAAUGAAGAAGAUUGAAGACAACAACACUCUUGUCUUCAUCGUCGACAUUCGUGCUGACAAGAAGAAGAUCAAGGCCGCUGUGAAGAAGAUGUAUGACAUCCAGACCAAGAAGGUCAACACCCUCAUCAGGCCUGAUGGAACGAAGAAGGCUUACGUGAGGCUCACACCAGACUAUGAUGCUUUAGAUGUUGCUAACAAGAUCGGCAUUAUCUAA